AUGCGGUGUCUGGCGCUGGCGCUGGUGGCGUGGGCGGCGUUGUCGGCGGCGCGGGCGGCGCCGAGGGCGGCGCCACCUCCGAGGGCGGCGGUGGAGGGCGAGGUGGAGGGCGAGGGCUACGAGACGGUGGUGGUGGACGUGGUGGGCGCGGGGCCCGUGCGAGGCUUUACGCGCCCCACCAACCGCAGCGUGCGCUCCGUGCACAGCUUCCUCGGCCUGCGCUUCGUGGAGAAGCCGCCCCGCUUCGAGGCGAGUGGCGAGCGCGCGCUGAUUCGGUGGUGCGCGGCGUGUGUGCAGCCGCCGUCCAAGUUCGCGCGCUGGGACGACGAGCACGACGGCCGGAUCCGCGCGCGCGCCUGCCCGCAAGGCAAGUUCUACCCGGACGAGCUGGAGCGGCGCGAGGCGGAGCUGGGAGGCGCCGCCUCGUGGGACUGGGCGCGCGCCGCCCCCGCGCCUUACAAUGACGACGUGCCCGACGAGGAGAAGGAGGACUGCCUCACGCUCGACGUGUACACGCCCGACGACGCCAUCCUCAACGGCACGCAGGGCCAGAGCGGGCUGCUGCCGGUGCUGCUGUUCUUCCACGGCGGCGCCUUCGUGCGCGGGUCCUCGUGGAACGUGAAGCCGGACUUCAUCCUGGACCACGAGGGCGCCGACGGCCGCUUCGUGCUGGUGGCUGCGCAGUACCGCCUGGGCCCGCUGGGCUUCCUGGCGGGCGGCGGCAACACGACGGCGGGCCGCGGCAACGCGGGCCUGCACGACCAGUACUGGGCGCUGAACUGGACGCGCACCUUCGUGCACAACUUCGGCGGCGACCGCAACAACAUCGUCAUCGGCGGCGUGAGCGCCGGCGGCGCCACCUCCGGCCUGCUCUACCACGCGGGCUGCGAGGCAGCAGCCAAGCUAGCGGCGGCGGCGGAGGCGGCGGAGGCCGCGGGCGAGGGCUCGCGCGAGGACACCGUCCUCGCGGAGAACGACCUCGUCGACUGCCUGACGGCCGCGCCCGUCGAGGACCUGCUCGACGCCGUUUGGUACUGGGCGGACGGCAUGCUGCCGCGAAUGCCCGUCGACAUCCUCACCGACCGCGAAGACAAAUCCUUCACCCCCAAGCCCAUCAUGGUGGGCAUCACGCGCGAGGAGGGGCUCUACCUCUACGAGAACAAGCUGCUCAACGACAAGCGCCACCUGUCGGAGGAGAUCGGCGAGGUGAUCCUCAACUUCGCGGGGGUGGAGGACGAGCUGCGCGUGCUGGGCUACAACGUGCAGGAGCUUUACUUCCACGACGGGCAGCUCGGCAACAUCUCUUUGAUGGGCGACGGCAUCAUCGACUUCACGGGCGCGGCCUUCUUCAAGGCGCCUGCGCGCUACAUGGCGCAACUGAACGCCGACCGCGGCGCCGACGCGUGGCUGUACACCUUCGACUACGUGGCGGAGCAGGAGCGCGCGCUGGCCCGCGCCGCCAACCGCAAGCCGCGCGCCAACCACGGCUCCGACCAGAUCUAC